UCUAGCAAUAUCCGGUUUAACCACGUGGUUUGGAGGCGUAUAUGAGCAUGCUCAGUAGACCGACUCUUCCUUUCACAAUCUGAGCAUCUGGCGAAGAACUCUGUGUGUGUGAUUUUUGUAAGAUCCGUUUCAAUCUUCAUCUAAAUUCAGCUUUUAACCCCCAAAAGAAAAUGCCCAAGCAAAAGUUUCAUCUCAACAUUGUGGUCAUUGGCCAUGUGGAUUCUGGAAAAUCAACGACUACUGGACAUCUGAUCUACAAGUGUGGAGGUAUUGACAAGCGUGCCAUUGAGAAAUUCGAGAAGGAGGCCGCUGAGAUGGGCAAAGGUUCUUUCAAGUACGCCUGGGUAUUGGACAAACUGAAGGCUGAGCGAGAGCGUGGUAUCACCAUCGACAUUGCUCUCUGGAAGUUUGAGACUAGCAAGUAUUACAUCACUGUUAUCGAUGCUCCUGGCCAUCGUGACUUCAUCAAAAACAUGAUCACUGGCACCUCCCAGGCUGAUUGUGCAGUGUUGAUUGUAGCUGCAGGCACUGGUGAAUUUGAAGCUGGUAUUUCUAAGAAUGGGCAGACCCGUGAGCAUGCUCUCCUGGCCUACACUCUGGGUGUGAAGCAGCUCAUUGUUGGAGUCAACAAGAUGGACAGCACAGAGCCACCUUACAGCCAGACUCGAUUUGAGGAAAUUCAAAAGGAAGUGAGUACUUACGCCAAAAAGGUUGGAUACAAUCCCAAAGCUGUCGCAUUUGUUCCUAUCUCUGGUUGGCACGGUGACAACAUGCUCGAGCCGAGUCCAAACAUGAAGUGGUUCAAGGGAUGGGCUGUUGAGAGGAAGGAUGGAAAUGCCAAUGGAGUAACACUCUUCGAAGCUCUGGAUGCCAUCCUCCCGCCUAAAAGGCCAACUGACAAACCCCUCCGCCUCCCACUUCAGGAUGUGUACAAGAUCGGAGGUAUUGGAACGGUGCCUGUUGGUCGUGUGGAGACUGGUAUCAUCAAGCCCGGAACUUUAGUCACCUUUUCUCCUGCUAACAUCACGACUGAAGUCAAGUCUGUGGAAAUGCAUCACGAGUCUCUUACUGAAGCUCUUCCUGGAGACAAUGUUGGAUUCAAUGUGAAGAACGUCUCUGUGAAAGAAAUCAAGAGAGGGAUGGUUGCUGGAGAUUCCAAGAAAGAUCCACCGAGGGAGGCCAAAACUUUCACUGCUCAGGUCAUCAUCCUCAAUCAUCCUGGUCAAAUUCAUGCUGGAUAUGCUCCGGUACUCGAUUGCCACACCGCCCACAUUGCCUGCAAGUUCACUGAGCUCAAGGAAAAGAUUGACCGUCGAUCUGGCAAGGUGCUCGAGGAAAACCCAAAGCACGUCAAGAGUGGUGAUGCUGCCAUUGCUGUGCUUACACCAUCAAAGCCCAUGUGUGUCGAGUCUUUCUCCGAGUACCCUCCUCUUGGAAGGUUCGCUGUACGUGACAUGAAACAGACGGUGGCUGUGGGUGUUAUCAAGUCUGUUGAUAAGGCUGACCCCAAGGGAGGCAAGACAACCAAGGCUGCUCUGAAAGCAGGGGGCAAGAAAAAGUGAUGUAUGUUGUUGUAUGGACUUAGGGACAGUAUAAGACAAACAAUUAAAUCAUUUACCUGUUACAAGUUGAUUACUAUUAGGGAUUAUUAUUGCAUAGUGCACUCUUGUCUGUUUAUCAGUGGAAAUGGACAGCAGCUAUUUAGAAGGAAAAAAGAUGGUUUGUAAUUUUGAUUCUACUGAUUUUUGCUGACAAUAAAUUUGUUGCACCAUGAA